AUGGAUGCAACCACUCCAUUAUUAACUGUCACAAACAGUCAUUCCGCCAGCAAUCCAAAGUAUAGUGGAUGGAGAGCAGCAGUGUAUGAUUUAAAGUAUAUUUUGAAAGCAUCUCCUCUGAAUUUUCUUUUGGUGUUCGUUCCUUUGGGUUUGAUUUGGGGUCAUUUCCAAUUGUCCCAUACAUGGACAUUUCUUUUCAAUUUCUUGGCAAUCAUUCCAUUAGCAGCUAUCUUGGCAAAUGCCACGGAAGAGCUGGCCGAUAAGGCUGGUAAUACCAUUGGGGGACUAUUGAAUGCUACUUUUGGUAAUGCUGUGGAACUUAUCGUUUCUAUCAUUGCCCUGAAAAAAGGACAAGUGAGAAUUGUGCAAGCUUCGAUGCUAGGUAGUCUUCUCUCCAAUUUGCUACUUGUCCUUGGGUUCUGCUUUAUAUUCGGUGGGUACAAUAGAGUUCAACAGACGUUCAACCAAACCGCUGCUCAAACAAUGUCGUCAUUACUUGCCAUUGCAUGUGCAUCGUUAUUGAUUCCUGCUGCUUUCAGAGCGACCCUACCACACGGCAAGGAAGACCAUUUCAUUGACGGAAAAAUAUUAGAGCUUUCCAGAGGUACCUCUAUUGUUAUUCUUAUUGUUUACGUUUUAUUCUUAUAUUUCCAACUGGGAAGUCACCACGCCCUAUUUGAACAACAAGAAGAAGAGACCGAUGAAGUUAUGAGCACCAUUUCCAGGCAACCACGCCACUCUUUGAGUGUCAAAUCAUCAUUGGUGAUUCUGCUGGGUACAACUGUCGUCAUCUCCUUUUGUGCUGACUUUUUAGUCGGUACGAUUGACAACGUUGUUGAAUCUACCGGGCUGUCUAAGACGUUUAUUGGUUUAAUAGUCAUCCCUAUUGUGGGUAACGCUGCAGAACAUGUUACUUCAGUAUUAGUAGCUAUGAAAGAUAAAAUGGAUCUAGCGCUCGGCGUCGCCAUCGGUUCUUCUUUGCAAGUUGCCUUAUUCGUUACGCCAUUCAUGGUCCUUGUAGGCUGGAUGAUUGAUGUCCCAAUGACGCUAAACUUCUCCACCUUUGAAACUGCUACGCUAUUUAUCGCUGUUUUCUUAUCUAACUACCUGAUUCUUGACGGUGAAUCGAACUGGUUGGAGGGCGUCAUGUCUCUGGCCAUGUACAUUCUGAUUGCGAUGGCCUUUUUCUACUAUCCAGAUGAGAAAACCCUUGACUCUAUUGGAAAGAGUUUAUGA